AUCGCACAAGACAUUUGUGGUCAUUCGAAUUAUGUAAGAUUGGCUAUAUUAGCACUAGCUUUUAGCCAUAACCACAAAAUCUGCCCACUUAUGUCAAACCAACCUCCAGGUCAGCAUGGCUGAAGAUCCCAUGCAGUACAUAUUACGAUGUAUCAUAAAUGGCACGGUUACAGAAGGAAUAGAAAGUGGAGAAAGGCUUCAUGGACUUGCUGUUUGUAAGAUUUUGAUGAAGGAGCUCUAUUCACACACAGAGGCCUACAAAGCCACAUUGUUAACAUCAUCCGCCUGUGUGUGGGCAAACAGCACAUUUCCACACAAGCCCCAAACCAAGAGGGACAAAAUACACCAGAGAAACACCUGCUCCUACUCUAGACCUACAAAAAGCAAGAAAUAGACACAUAAAUAAAUAAAUAAAUAAAUAAAAAUAUGAAUCUUCUAGAACACUGUCUGCAUUUGAGCAAAAAAAAAAAAAAAGUAAAUAAUUAAACACUUGUGUAACUAACACUUUAUACACACAUCCAUCCACUAUCACUGCAUAGGUCUAUUCUGCAUGUCACAUAUAAACACUUGAUAGUGUGUUAGACUGAGACACAUUUCACAAUAUCGUGUGAAUAUGACAUAAAUUCAUAUCAUAUCAUGACCUAUGGCAAGUUUUUGACGUUAAUAAACGCACUUCCGCCCUGAAUUCCGCAUCUUUAUUCCUGCUUGCUGCUACAAAGCGACGUUAAUAGGAAGUGGGCGGGUCCUUUUCACCCUCUUCAUACAUUGUAGCCUAGACCUAAAGGCUGCAGUCUAUUAAGCCUCUCUCCCAUUGGUGGAUUAGCACCGCACGCGCUUGCGUUAGACACAGCGCGCUGUUCUGAUUGGCUGAGCCGCUUGUCUUUCUUUCAACGUUGUGGACGACUCGGCCGUCUGGUUCUGCAGGGCGCUGACAGGAGCCUCACCCGCUGGAAGAUUUAUCAACAAAUAUUUAGCUUUCAUCAUGUGUGUGUUUCAGGGCUUCAGCAGAACGUGUAGAAGGUCGUACAUAAAUCCGUUUUCGCUGAUUGGCUCGUGAAAAGAUCCCAGGGUGUGCAGCUUUAUUCACCUUCACUAUGGCGACCGUGGUGAUGGAGCAGAUUGGCCGUUUGUUUAUAAAUGUGCAGCAACUGCGUCAGAUCCCCCAACUGCUCGAGUCUGCCUUUCCCACUCUGCCAUGCACUGUGAGCAUCAGCGAUGUGCCCCGCGUCUUCAGGGAGUCGCACAUCCUCACGGGCUACCGACCACCUGACCACAGCUGGCGCUAUUACUUCCUCUCGCUCUUCCAGCGGCAUAACGAGACGGUAAAUGUGUGGACGCACUUGCUAGCCUCGCUUGUCAUACUCGUCAAGUUCCAGGAAGUGUCAGAGACGGUGGACUUCCUGCGUGACCCACAUGCGCAGCCGCUCUUCAUCGGUCUCCUGACUGCGUUCACCUAUCUGGCCUGCAGCACUCUCGCCCACCUGCUCUCUGCCAAGUCUGAGCUCUCCAAUUACACUUUCUUCUUCCUGGACUAUGUGGGCGUAGCCGUGUACCAGUAUGGCAGCGCCCUGGUGCAUUUCUACUAUGCAGUGGAAGAAACGUGGCAUGCUCACAUUCGAGGCUUCUUCUUGCCCACUGCUGCUUUCAUGGCAUGGCUCUCGUGCGCUGGUUGCUGCUAUGGCAAGUAUGCCAGUCAGCGCCUGCCCAGGUUUGGCCACAAGUUCUGUCAGAUGGUGCCCUCAGCCCUGGCGUACUGCCUAGAUAUCAGCCCAGUGGUGCAUCGCAUUUACACGUGCUACAGCUCACAGCAGGGUUGCACUGACCCAGCUGUAACUUUCCACUUUUAUCAGAUCCUCUUCUUUCUGGUCAGUGCCUUCUUCUUCUCUUACCCUCAUCCAGAGUGCUGGUUCCCUGGGCGCUGCGACUUUAUCGGCCAGGGCCACCAGAUCUUUCACGUGUUUCUUGUGUUGUGCACCCUGAUGCAGAUUGAGGCUGUGCGCUUCGACUACACUGAGCGAAGGCCCUUGUAUGAGCACCUGCACGGUGACACAUUGGCUCAUGAUGCUGCGGCUCUCUUCGUCUUCACAACGUGCUGCAGUGCCCUCACCGCCUUCUACGUGCGGAAGCGAGUGAAAGCCUACCUUGAGGAGAAACAAGAAUAACCUGCCACCAUUAAAAAGCAGGAGUGAGGAGACUUGAGCAGGAGACCUGGAGCAAAUGAUCGCACUGGUAUACUAGUUAUGGAUGUUAUGCAGGUUAUGGACCCUCUGUCAUUUAAUCACAUUUUUGAGGGUGGGGAAAGGAAUUGGAGUGUGAGCCUUGUAUUGUUUGUUGGACUACCAAAAUGUAUUUUUAAUCAGUGAUGUACUGUACACAACAUUUAUUGUUUAAAACAAGAAACUAAAGGAAACGAGUAGAGAGAUUUUACUCUGAUAGAAUCUACUCUAAAGGCUUCUGAAAGUCCCGUUUCAUGAAUGUGUGAUCUGGUUUGUGGGUGCAAAGGCACUGUGGACUGAAUUGCAAAAAUGUUGAUGGACUAAAAUUCUGACCUCAGCUCAGAUGGCGUACUAUGCAUAUUUUAUUGUGAGUAAUGUGUUCACAUUGUGAAACCUGAGAUGUAGUAAACUGUUAAUACCCUGCUAAUGGACUACAACCUCUCAAAAAGGUGUGGGCACUUUUUGCCCACCAGGGGGUGCUGUAGUUUAUGUUUUACUGAAAAGCAGACAUAAUUGAGAACACUGCUAAACACAUACUUAAACGAGACAUUUUGUUUUUUAUACAAAAAUUUAGCUGUUCUGGUGUAGUUUUAAUGAUGUGAGGUACUGCAUGGCAAAGGCAGCCCUUACUGUCACAUAUACAAGUACAGUACAGUAAAAUUCUUUCUUGCUAGGGACCUGGGGGCAGAGCGCAAGAUCAGUCACUGAUAAGACACCUCUGGAGCAGGCAGGGUUAAAGACCUUGCUCAAGGGCGAGGAGUGGGAGCUUGCCAGUGCUGGGAUAUGAAAUCAGUACCUUCUUAUCAGUUGGCCAGAACCUUAACCACUGAGCCACCACUGCCUCCACAAGUUAGUGUUUGACUUGAGAUGUUAUAUCCUUGCAAAAAUUAAGUACUACUUAUGUAGUGUAUAGUAGAGAUGUUUGCAGGACAUCUAAAACUCCCACCCUGCAGAAAUGAACUAAGUUGUAGAACCUCCCAUCCUGCUCUUGCAGAAAGUUUGACCAGUCCCGCCUGUUCCUGCGGUUUGUCUCUGCUUACUGUAUUUACUAAUGAACUUAGUUGCAUAUGUUUCCCAAAUUGUAAAUAAAUAAGUAACUGGAACCACAGUACCCCUGGCCAGAUAAAGCAGUUACAGCAAAUGAAUGACUGAACAUGGUGAAUGCAUUACACGGUGUCCUGACGCACACCUCUAAUGUAUAGUGUAUAGAACAUAUUGCAUAGUACGCCAUUCGAGACACAGCUCUAGUGUCAAAAAAGCCAAUCAAAUUUUGUACACCAUCCAUGUUCUUCUUGUAAAACAUUCUCAGUGUAAUGCUCCUGAUCACGUUUGUACAGCAAUAGGGAAGGAGCAUGAGAAAUGGGAUCUGUAAUGAGUUUGACUCAAAGAAAGUCACUUUAUUGGUGCUUUAAAGGCAUUUAGGGCAUAGUUGCUAGAAGGGACUUUAUAAAUCAAUUUUUACGUCCUUAGAUUGGCAGAAAAUAAUGAUACCAUUCUGCUUUAGUGCAUUAUAUAUUUGUAAGCUACAAAACAGCUUGAAGCUGACUGGUGACUUGCCUUCAUUCACCAACUGUUACUCAUAAGUAUCUCUAAACCAGGAAAUGGUCCAUAAUUGUGUGAAUGCAAUCACUGAGAGUUAUUUGUGUGUCUCUAAAAACUGCCACUUGAUGUUGCCCUGACAGAUUGAAAUCAAUAUGCCUGUUCUUUUCAGAAGGCACGUGCCAACAUGCUUUACACGGCUGACGGAGUUCUACUUCGCACUGCAGUAAACCAAGAUAGUUUUCAUAAUGUAUGUUUUUUUUUUGAGAAUGAAAGAAUUGAGAAUGAAAGAAUUGAAGAGAAAAAACAUCACGUAAAGUUGAAAGUCCAUCCAAUGUUGAUUGAAUUGAAUCAGUACUGAUGUUUACUUUAUGAUGUCAAUUAUUAACAUCUGUUCACAGGGGCUUUAGAGAGAUGGAUUGCAUGCCCUUGAUAAGUAAAGAAGUGAUGCCUGCUUUUGUCUUCAAGAUGUUAAUUUGGAACCCAAAGGGCUACAGUGUUGAGUUUUGCCUUUUAACACUUCAUGAUGUCAAUGCCAUUGUGCAUAUUGUUACCUGGUUGAAGUGUUUAGUGUUGUAGUGUGUGUUAAUGUGCCUGAAUGUGUGCAUGCAUCUAUGUGGGCCAGUGAACGUACAGGUGUGGUGAGUGUGUGCAGCUUCUAGCUUCUACACCACUUAGCUGCUUGUGAUAAGAAAUGGAGUAUGAGUGCAUAAUGGUUAUUAGAGACCUACCUUAUUCCUACACUCAUUGCCUUUUUGUUAAUCACACUAGCCUGCACUUUGUAGAUAUACCACUGACUGAGGUGCAUGUGUUUUUCAGUCUGACUCUACUGCUAUCACUGGAAAGGGACCACAACAGGACCAUGGACUUUCUUAGGCUAGACUAAAUUUUAUUUGGGUGCCAGAUUAUUCUCAGCACAGCAGGGGCACUGACAUGUUGGUGGCACUGAUAUGAGUGUAUAAGGGGCAGGAGUGUUGUGUUGAGAAAGGGCUUGAUUCAGAAGACAUUCUUCUACACUUGCAAGUGCAUGUAGCUAAUAAAAUGGCCAGUGAGUGUAGUUACAAUGUAGUUGCGCUUAAUAAACUGGCAAGUACGUGCUAGAAGGCUUUUUACCUUAAUUAGACUUAGUUUUGCUUUUAGUUUUAGCACAAAAAGUGUAAAAGUUUUUUUUUUUUGGUUGGCUUAGUCUCCCAAAGUUAGUUCCAAAAAAAAAAAAAAAAAUCGUAGCACAAAGAAGUGCAAGAUGAAGCAUCGCUUUGAACACUCCAUAACAGGGAUUUGCAACUCUGCAGUGCUUUUGGGAAAUGUUUGGAGUGUUUUUGGUAUAUGAAUUGUGUGUUACGUGGCAUAUCUGCACCAGCGGAGUACAAUAAGUAUGAAGUCACUGAUGGAUGGACUCAUGGACUGAUGAUGUCAUUGACUGUCUCAUGAAGUCUAAUGAAGUGACUGACUGUUGGACCAGUGAUGAUUUCUGUGGCAAGAAUAUGACUGCAGCCUUUUCCUUAUUAACUGAAAUAAUUGUUUUACCAGGUUUAUUAGUUAUUGGGACUAAUUUGUACUACUUAAUAUUAACAGAAGGAAAGUGUGUGUUGUUAUUACAAAAACUGCACAGUUCAUUUUUUUUUCUUUAAAUGCAGCUUAUUUAGCCUGCGUGUGUGUGAGAAGCUAUAUGUUUCAGGACUUUAUUAAAUAUUAAAAGGAACAUGUACAUGUUAAGGGGAAGCAGAAAGCUGGCACCAUGUCAGUGUGGAUACAACAGCGAUGAAGUCGUUGCCAGGCACGAGCAGGCUCGAAACAGCCUGUCAGAAUCUAGCUUAAUGUUUUUAAUGGGAAAAACCCACUACGUAUGACUGACACAGCUAAACUGUGAAAUUGAUUUUACAUUUAAUCUAGCUGAGAAAAGAAUCGAAGCAGAUUUGAAAAAUACUUCUGUCUUAAUAAAUUAAUACAUUAAAUUCAAGGGUUUGUGUUAUGGCCCGGACCAGACAUGCAUCAUGAGAAAGGUUUGCCAGGAAAGUGUUUAGUGUCUCACUGAGGUUAGCACUGAUUUGUGCUCCUGGAGCUCAGUGAUAAAGUCUCUGCUCUCACUCUGACUAACACUCAUACGUCAUACUGCAGAGACACGAGGGGGAGUAAAAUCUGAGUCUAUUUAAAACAGAGCAACAACAACAACAACAACAACAAAACCAACAAUGUAUAAAAUGACAUGUUGCAUUGUGGAAUUAAAAUAAAUAAACACGUGUUGUCCUGUCA